CCCGGCUUUGGGGACUCUGACCCGGGCAGCGAUGUGUAAUUGAAGGCAGGAGCAGGAGCAGGAGCUCUCGGCCCAGGUCUCCGAUGCCGCCCCCGGCCAUGCCCUGGAGUCUGGGCUAUUGCAGCCCCGGGGGCGGUCAGCAGGAAUCGCGGUGGCGGAAACGCUGCAGGAAAUCAUCGUUUGCUUUUUACCAGGCGGUGCGGGACCUGCUGCCUGUCUGGAUGCUGGAGGAGAUGAGGACCAUGGAGGUGUUCCACUGGGAGGACAGUGGCCGCAUGAGCAGCUACUCGCCGUCCGAGGCUCUGCUCUAUGCCCUGGUGCACGACCACCAGGCGUACGGCAAGUACCUGCUGAGCGAGCACCCCCGAGCUGCCCUGGCUAUGCCCAGCACCAGCUUCUGUUGCUGCUCGGUCCUCGGCCAGCACCUGGCCAUGGCUGUGCGCUACAACCGGGUCGCCACCCUGUCGCGGAUCCUGGACAGCCUGCGCCGCUUGCCGGAGGGAGAGCGCCGCCAGUACAUCGACCGCCGGGGCUGCGAGCAUGUGGAGAGCGGCAAGACCCCACUGCACUUGGCGUGCGAGCUGGGCAGGCCCGAGUGUUUGGUCCUGCUGCUCGGCCACGGCUCGUCUCCUUACAUCAGGGACUGCCGCGGGGACAUGGCUCUGGACACCUUACUGCAGCAGCUGGGUUCCAGUCCCCUGGACAAUCCCAGGAUGGCCAGGUGCCUGCAUCACCUCCUGCUAUUCAUGCCCGAGCUCCAGUUUCAGAUGAAGACGACGCUGAAGGACAAUGCCAGUCUCUGGCGGACCGUUCUGGGGACACCGCUCUUCCAAUGGCUCUCGGGCUACAGCCCCGCUCCCCUCUUCAUAAAGGCCAUGCAAACUUUAAUCAGGACGAUAGACCCCGAGAAAUUCCCAGAGGGUCUGGACGAACUACCCAUAUCCCAUCUCCUCCGAACUCUGGACUUUAAACUGACUGCAGGCGGCACUGUCCGUUCAAACUUCAAGUGAUGCCGCAUUUAACCUUUACAGCGAUUUUAUGUAUAGACUUUAUAUGUAUUUAUAUAUAUUUUAAAAAUGCUGUUUGGGAUGCUUAUAAAUGAACGGCCCAAUGAAGUGCCAAGCCGAUAUGUAGUGAACUUCAGAGUUGAGAAAUCUCCAGAAUUUUCAAAGUGCAUUGGAACUGUAGAGUCCUACAGUUUCCAAUAUAUUAUUGAUUCAACUUUUUUUUUU